AUGUUUAGGUCACGCAAUGGUCGCUUCGCAUUGAACAAAACUGGUGUGAUUGCAUUCAUCUUGGAGACUAACGCGCCGUCAGUCGCGAUUGUCAACACAACCGAAGUCCCCAUUGUUGAUCUCGCCGCGGAAAAUUUGGCAAUUUCUGUAGCCAACAUGAUCGAGUCUUUGCUUGAGCUGAGCACCGCCCUUGGUGAUGAGCGUAGCCCCAGUGCCAAGGGUGGACCAAGCGAUCCAAAGAUGACCGAGUUUUUGCCGCCGAUUCUGCCUCACGAGCUAGUGCAGCUCAAGCGGAAUUACUCGAGAGUUUUGCUGGCGGGUUUGCGAGUGUGUUUACUUGCACCCCGAUCGCUACUCAUGGCAGUACCAGUGAUUUGGCUAUAUGUCGAAGUGAAAUGA